AUGAAGCGUAUCUCCAAGCUCGCACAGACAGUGGCAUCGGCACAGCCGAGCCGACCCCUUCUCCGCCCAUCGGUUCUCCUUCCUUCUCGCCCCAUCGCUGGACCCAGCUGCCUCCCUUUUCUCUGCGCACAAUCCUCUCGCUCACUAUCGUCUCGGUCAUAUGCCACUACACAUACCGUCGAUGAGACUCGGCUAGAAUCGGCAGACACGCUGGAAGCGUUGGAAGCAGACCAGCAAGAUCUGUUAUACGCAGACACGGCGGUCGCUGCCGAGCAACCGAACGGACGGAGACCGCUCGAGAUACCGUCGGACGUGGUGAUUCCCCCAAAUGUCAGGUUUGAGGGGUUCGAGAAUGUCCAAGAACCAACUCCACGAGGAUUCCGCCUCCACACCUCCCCGCCCUCCCUCCUCUCACCGAUCUCCCACCCCCUCUCCUCACUUGCCGCCCCCAAUCCCACUUCCCCCAAUUCCUCCGCAUCCGCUCUCUCGCUCCCACCGCACAUCUUCGCCCAGCCUCUCCGGCGGGACAUCCUCCAUCGCUGCGUCGUAUGGUAUCUCGCCCUCUUGCGUUCCGGAAAUCAGAGUACCAAGACGCGGUCAACGGUCAACUAUUCGGGGAGGAAGCUGAGGCAGCAAAAGGGGACGGGUAAGGCUCGUGUGGGCGAUGCAAGCAGUGGAAUGCGCCGGGGUGGUGCACCCAUCUUUGCUCUUCAUCCAAGAGACCACACCCAGCUCCUUCCUCGUAAAGUUCGCGCCCUCGGUCUCGCCACGGCCCUCUCGUCCAAGCUGUCCGCGGGACUUCUGCGGGUCGUCCCAGACCUGAACGAGGCCAAAUGGAGCGGGACAGCCGAGGCCCGGCGGGCACUAUGCGACGGUCUUCCCGAAUUCAUAUCGGACGCUUCAUUCUUGGACGAAGCGGCCGAGCCAGAGCCAGAGACGACUCUGGAGGUCGAAUCGGCCGUCAUCGAUGCCAACGCGGUAGAAACAGAAGAGUCGGGCCUCAUAAGGCGGUUCGGUACCCCCUCGGACCUUUCUAUCCUCUUUGUCCACCCUCCUCCUUCUUCCAACGCGGAACUCGAAAACCUCGAGGCGUUUACCCGCUCGGUCCGGAACUUGCCAGGGGUGGAGGUAUUGGGGAUGGAUGAAGUCGAGGUGUACCAUGUGUUGAAGUACAAGUGGUGUGUCCUGGAAAGGGGCGUGGUGGAUGGGAUCACGGAGAUGGAGGAAGGUGCGGCGGGCGAGGAGGUAUUCAGUAUGGAGGGGAUGGAGCAGGCCUUGGGAGAUAUGCAAGGGGAGGAUGGGAGAGUGGUCAUAUGA